UGAUCCUUGACUGAUUGGAAAUGUCAACUCAUCUCAAUUCUAUGCCAUAAAUCAGAUCACUACUUCAGGCUACAUAUUCGAAUCCAAGCAUGAUAGGGAGUUAGAGAGAAAUCGAAUUAUUUGUGAAUAGGCAGAAACCACUCCUUGAUAUCUUCAACUUCAUGAAAAGCAAAACAAUUUCGCCAAAUCAUAUAAUAUCUAUAUACAAAGAGGGCAAAGGAUUUAUAAAUGGACAAAAUUCGCCUUUUGGCAUUUCUACGCAGCCAUGUAUUGGUAUUCAUUUUUAAAUACAUUUCUGGCGGCCUUGUUUUAUAUUUUUAUGGCACAUGGAAAUGAAAUGGGCAAUGGUUGCAUACCAGAGUGUAAAGUCACUAAGACCAAUAUAACUGACAACCAUCUCCUCAGCCAAAAUGAUAAACCCCUGAAAACAGUUUCCAUAUCAUUGUUCCUUGGACUGAAAGAAAAUAACUGUUCCAUUAAGAAUCAAUGUCUUUUGAAUAGCACAAGGAUUUUGGAACACUACAACUUUAGUGAUGAUUCUAUUGUAAGUGUUUUUAACUUUCAGUGCUACACGCCUCUUAUAAUACAAAUAACACCGUACACCGGUAGGCAUAGGCCAAAUAUUAUAUCAUAUAUCCAGGUGAUAAAAUGUCAGAUGACAGAAGAAUCUUUUUACAUUCUCGGAAGCAUGGUUCUUCCUUUUCACGUGCUUUUGAUGGACACAAAUCUUCCAACGAUUGAAAGUAAAGGCACGAACAAAUCAAUGUGCAACCUGAUGAAACAAGUGACAACACUAUGGAUAUUUAAUAAAGCUUCACAAGAUAAUGUGACAGACUUGGAAGACAUUAUAAACAUGUUUCAGUGCAAUCAUGACUUUCCAAAUAUGAAAGAUUUGACCAUUCAGAACGUUAAGAUCAAUACGUCUUUAUUCGAUUUCAGUGCGAAAUUUCCUAAUCUAGUUUCUCUGGAACUUUCACUGACGGGACUUCAAAAUCCAAUUCAAUUUCCUUGGAGUGAUUCAUCUCCUUUACUCAGUUAUAAUCUUUCAUCUUCGGAAUAUCUGCUCAAUCACUAUGCUAAAUCCUUACACAUAACUGUAGAAAAGCAUCAUUUUCGUAGAUAUCUUAAUCUGAACAUGAAUAAUAUUUCUAUCUUACAGAACUACGAAUUCGAAGGCAGGCUACAAGCACUGAAAUUCUCAGGAAACGGACUAACGGAAUUACCAGAGAAUUUGUUUCAGAAAUUGAAACAGAUUGAACACAUUGAUAUAAGUUUAAAUAGCAUAAAAAGACUCCCUUCCUCUUUAUUUCGAGAACUUCCUUUGCUCAAGCAUCUUGAUUGCCACUCUAAUAAUUUGACAGAGAUACAGAUGGAUCUAUUUAUUGAUAACAAGGAAUUAAUCUAUAUGGACUUUUCACGUAACAGAAUCGAGAGAAUCCAUAAAGAUGUUUUCAGAUUCAUGGAGAAUUUGCAAGAGUUGCAUUUACAAAAUAAUAAUAUAGUUUCAUUGGAAAAUGUGGAGUGGCCUUUCUAUUCGACGAAACUGGAAUUUUUAUAUUUCGACGAAAAUCCAUUGAUCCACCUACCAGACGUAGUAUUCUACCUUAGAGCCAUCAAACUGGCCAGCUUUAAAUAUACGCAAAUUCAUUUCACAAACUUUACUAAAUAUGUGAAUAAUCUAGAAUAUAGUUCGAUAGCCGAACAAUUAGUCAAAGGCUCCGUGCCCAAAAAUGAUCUUAGUUAUAAUGUUAUCGUUAAAAAUCCAAACUUGCUUCUCGAUAAUAUCCUCGAUAGAAACCGAAAAAUUGAUCUUACUGGAAGUAAAAUAGACAACUUAAAUAUCGAAUUUUUCGGAGAGCAACGAGAACUUAAGGAAAGAUCAGGUAGAAUGAAAUUAAAGUUACUCUUGAUUUUAAAGUACUUUGAAAUCAUUUUAGAAGGAACUCAUCUUCGAUGCGAUUGUGGUAUUACACACCUUAGUAGACUUGUGGCAAUCCUCGAGAAGGAUGGUUUGCUUGAUGGAAAGGAGUAUUUCUUCAACGAUUGGAAAUGCUCCACUCCCCAAGAAUUUAAAGGGAAAAACAUGCUGAAAAUACAAGAAUCAGAUACGUAUUGUGAGAGAACUAUUACAAACUGCCCAUCAAAUUGUACUUGUUAUUCCAGAUCGAUAACACACAUAACGAUUGUUGAUUGUCGAAAUCGACUAUAUCGGGACUUGCCCAAAAUUUUACCGGAGGGUAUUCUCGACCUCUGGUUUCAGCAUAAUAACAUAUCUACGAUCAAUGAAGAAAAUUUACAGUAUCUACCGAAUAUAAGACAACUUCUUUUAUCCGAAAAUCAGUUAACAAGAAUUAGUGAUGGAGCCAUAAGUAAAAUGACUCUUCUUAGUACGUUGUAUGUGGAUUCCAAUUACCUUGUUUCUCUUCCUAGGGCACUCAGAAAUAUGCGGCUGAUGUCCAUGAAUUUCAUAAACAAUCCAUUAAAAUGUGACUGUCAUACGAAAUGGAUAAAACACUGGGUUCUAAAGAAUAGCGAUGUUGUGGAACGUGUGUCAGACAUCACAUGUAAUGUAGAUGAUGAAGCAGAAAAGGGUAACUUUUUGAUCCGAAUUCCAGAUGAAGAUUUCGUUUGUUUAGAAGACUUUGACUCAGUUAAGCAUGUAGUCAUACCCAGCGUCACCAGUUCCUUGAUACUGGUACUUCUCAUCAUUUUGCUGUGUUUGAUGUAUGUUUAUAGGCUAGAAGUAAAGGUUUUACUGUAUAUUUACUUUGGAAUCCAUCCAUUUGAUAAAGAUGAUAAGGAUGGAAAAGAAAUCAUUGAUGUUUUGGUUCUUCAUGCCCCGGAUACGACGGAAUGGGUGAUGGAAAAUGUUGUGAAGUACUUGGAAUUUCAGAAAGAUUAUUACGUUGUGUGUGAAAUGAUGAGAGAUUUUGUCGCUGGUUUUACCUAUAUGGAGAACAUUGCAAGCAUUGUAAAACAUAGUAAGCGAAUGCUGAUAAUUCUAUCCCCCGAAUUUAUCGAAGACGACUUGUUAAAAGUAGCUUGGAAUGAAGCGCAAGAAAAGAUCAAAGAACUACGAACCAACUACGCCAUUGUUGUGUGUCAUGACGUAGUCUUGAAACAAGUAAUGAUAAAAGAUAUGCAGAGAUAUAUUAAAAGAGGGCGAUAUAUCGACGCAAAUCAGGCGCUAUUUCAUGAAAAACUACUAUACUCCAUGCCACAGUAUGAGGACCAGCAUGGUAGAGUUAAAAGUCUUCCCGAUAUUAAAGACUUUAUUCAGGCAACAUACGGGGAAGAGGGAUUCAAUAAUGACAUGUACAAAAGACAUGCUUUUGUUUCCUAUUCCGAUAGUGAAAUGCCCUAUAUUAUGAAUGAAUUAAGACCAACAUUAGAAAAUAAUGGAUAUUUCUUAUGCCUGCCUGAUCGGGACUUUGUACCAGGUGCUUCAAAAGAGGAAAACAUUUUAAAGGCUAUUGACAGUUCCUUACAUACAUUGUUCAUUCUUUCUGGUAACCACCUCGAAGACGAGUGGUCAGUUUUUACAUUCAGAAUAGCCAGUGAAAAGUCUUUACGUGUCCGAAGUAAUCAUUUAAUUGUUAUCAUUGGUGAGGAUGCUGACCUAGAAACCAUGGACGAGGAAGUUCGAUUUUACAUCAAAACUCACGUGACUCUCAGAGUGAACGAGAAGUGGUUUAUUAAGAAGUUAUUAAACUCUUUACCAGAAGUUGACGCUCCUAUCCUUGAUGUGAAUGACCAAGAGGAUGAUGAUAUUAAACACAAUGUGCGCCAUAAGCAUCAGAAAGAAAGGGAGCCCAGGAGGGUGGUGGCUGAAAUCAAUCAUUGUGCAUAUGACGAUAAUGGGAUUGUUAAUGGUAUGGGAAAUGGGUAUGCAGGAAACAGGACGGUUAAGUUUAUUAAGAACGAUAAUCAUGCUUAUGUCAAUGAUGAAGACUAUCAAAUUGAAUUUACAGACAUUUCCUUAGACGAUGAUGUUUAGUUCAUACUUUAUAUCUUUUCAUUGCUCACCAAAAAAGUUUUACGUUAUUACACGUAUGAAUGAAAUACUCAUUUGUUCUGGGUGCUCAGAUUUUGAUUUUUUAAAUGUAUAUUCUGAAAGUCAAAGGAGAGUGAAAAUUACUUAAAUUAUUAAAUAUAUUUUCUUUCUGUUUUCUCUUUUAGUUUAGGUAAAUAUACGAAACUCAAUUUUUGUCGGCAUAACAACAAAUGUUAAUUCCAUAUGUACAAUUUGGAGUCAAUAACU